AUGAAGCAAGAUUUGGCAAUAACGAACGAACAAUGGAUGGGUCGGCAAGCCGAGAAUUUCCUGUUCUGCAUCAACGUGUUCCAUCUUGCGGUUUCUCGUCCAAUUCGCGAACUUGUGACCUUUCUGGAAGCCGCUUGUAUAAUUGACAAAAUCGGCGUUCUUAUCCCGCAAAAAUACGAUAGACAAUCCAGGGAUAAGUUUCAGCUAGGUAUGCCGAAAUCGAUAAUGAACAACGAUUUUGGAAUGUCGAAUGAGGAAAUAACGCCAAAGACAAUUAGUUUCAGCCAGCGUCGUAUCGUAUUCUUUAUUCAAAAGCAGAGUUUUAUUUGUUUAAGAGACAAUCGGUUUGGACGUGUCCUCGGUUAUGUUUCAGGAAAUUCCUGCCUCGCUGAAAAUUCGGUGACUGAAAUUCCGCUCCGUUUCAUUAAUGCGAGUCUAUUAUUUUUUACAGUCGACUACGACAUAAUUAACCAAUUAAUCGUGUCUCGCCCGGCUCAAAACGCACUGAAUAAGACACGAACUUUCAUCAUCCACUUAAACAAUAGUGCUUUGAUAAGAGCGCUUCAAUUAUUCGGGGAAGUGUGCAACCGGACGUACUACGGGGACGUGAGCAAAACGUACGACCUCCGCGUCAUUAAGUCCGCAGAGACGAGGCUGCCCUUCCUCUGCCAUCUCACGUUCACCGCCAACGGCCAGAGUCACGGAGAUAUAGUCCAGAUAAUAUUCGACGAGUUCAAGGUGGGUCGCUACGAAGCGUCUGCUCUCGACGGCUGUCCCGACGGGUACAUGCAACUCAGCGAGCUGGGUCGUCCCUUCACUGGAGGUUCAUGGUGUGGCUCUUCUUCCGGUCCUGCCGCUUACUACAGCGAGACGUCAACCGUUACCGUCAGCGUCAAACUCUUCGGCUCGCCCCAGAUCCCGUUUAAGUUCCAGCUGCGCUACCGCUUCGUGUCGCGUCGCGAAGCUGUGGUACGAUUCGGGUCCCCGGCGGCUCCUCUAGAACGCGGGCAAGUAGCUCCCGGUACUUACUGCACGCGCCAGUUCGAAGAGUGCUACCGGAAACCGUGCCGUCUCCAGUCGCCCAACUACCCGGGAAUGUACCCCAGGAACGUCUCGUGCUACUGGAGCCUGCGCCAGAAGUUCGUCCCGACGUGCAAGCACGCCAUGAUUGCCGUCCGUCAAGAGGCGGCCCACAAGAUGCACAUGAAGAGGUCGAUCAACGUGGCGGGCUUGAACAAGACGGCGAGGGCUUUGAGGGCCUGGAGGGACUGCACCGGAGAACGGGACCAUUUGAUUUUUUAUGAUGGAGGCUCGACGAACGAUCCGGUAUUGGCUAAGUACUGCGGAGGGGACUGGUUGCCUAAGGUGGUAUCGCGAGGACCGGAGAUGUUGGUGGCUUUUCAUUCGUCGCCGUUUAGCAUACCGUUGCAUUCGCCACCGUCGCAUUCGCCUCUGCGAGGUUUUGAACUCGACGUGGACGUGAUUUUUGCAGAUUCGGAUUCGUUGGAUUACUCGAGACACAGCCAGUGCGAGUUCGACGUGAACGCUACGAACCCGGAUAGUGAUGAAAUUUGGACGGGGCGAGGACGGAAAGGGAGAUUGGUGAGUCCUCGACACUCGUUGCCGCCGAACACGACGUGCACGUACAGAUUCAGAGGGCAUUCGCACGACCUGGUGUGGAUUAGUUUCAUUUCGUACAGUCAAAGGGCGCUCCUGGUCGGAGAGAGCGCUCACGCUUUACUUAGUAACAGUUCACUAGGAGGUGGUUGCUCAACCAGGUUGCGCAUCUGGGACGGCACUCUCCUUCUGGAAGACAAAUGCGACGAACCACCACGACUCUGCGACCACAGCGCCUUAACCAACGCAACGCGAGUGACCAGACCGUGCGCCCUCGACGAGAGUUACUUGUCUUCGGGACGAAAUUUGAUCUUGCAACACCACACGGAGGACGGGACUGCGCUGCAUCCCGCGUCCUUCCGGAUGAAGUACGAGUUCGUCGAUACUAGACUAGGAGGAGAACCUUGGCCAGGCAAAGAAACUAACACUUGCCAUAGGGUUUUUAAGAAGAACCACCUCGGCGAGCUCACCACUCCCAGGAACGUUUUCUUGUACGGUCGAGGUGGUACCAAAGACUUGCAUUGCGUCUACAGGUUUGAAGCCGACGCGGGUGAACGCGUAAGGCUCGUCGUGAAUAACGCUUCUUUCGGGAUAAGUCAGUUGUGCGAAACCUUGACGGACCCUCAUAGCGGACGGCCAGUCUGCGAACACUAUUCUAGUACCAAAGUGACGGAGUUGAGUGUGUGGGAGUUGCCGUGGAAAGACGUUCGUAUGCCUCGCGGUUGUAUUUGUGAUAAUUCCUCGUUAAGUAGUAAACCGUUAGUGUUCUUAUCCGCCUCUAGGACUCUAGAAUUGCACUUCACUGCCAAAGACAUGAAUAUUACUGAAGAUUUCACGGUGCUACAUUUUCAUGCUACUUUCGAAGUGGUCAAGAUGCCCGAUUGUCCAAGGAAGCAGAGAGUAAGAGGUUAUGGAGGUGACGUCCAAUUCAACACGCCUCCUGUGGACCGCGGCGAGAUGCUCUGCGUAGGCAUGCCAUGGCUGGUGGAGGCCCGCUACAACCGCAGCCUGUUCCUGCUCAGCUGGGGCGCCUUCCUCCCUCUCAAGCCUCGCAUCGAGGAGAACACCCGCUGCCCGACCAACAACCGCGUCCUCAUCUACUCCGGCCGCCCCCCGAAGCUCGUCCGCGCCGUCUGUCCCGCCGAGCCUGGGGCCAAACCGCUCGCCGUCCACGUCUUCAGCGAGGAGUGGUGGGGCGAGGGCCUGGCUACCGUCCAGCAGCGUCCCCCCAACUUCCUCGUCGAGUGGGUGAGCAGCGAGCCGGGGAUCUCGGCCUUCAGCUGGCUGGAGAUCUCGCGCUCUCGGUCGUCCCUCCUGCAGCAGCUGCAGGUGCCCGUCAACGCCACCGCCAACGAGACGGACCUCGAGUGCCCCCACAAGUGCCCCGAGCUGGACGCGUGCAUCGGUGCGAGUCUCUGGUGCGACGGCAAGAACCACUGUCCGUCGGGGUGGGACGAGUCGGAGGCGCAGUGCGGCGCCGCCUCCAAGCUGCUGACGUCGCUGCCGGGGGCGGCUCUGGCGGCCGCCGCCGCGGUGCUGUCGUCGCUCGUGCUGCUGGUGUGUCUCACGCUGCACCGGCUGCGGGCUCGGCGUCGGAGGCGGCUCGCGAAGAAGAAGCUCCUCACCGGACCGAGGCUGUUGGACAAUAGUUUGAAUUCUUGA